UCGCCCCUCCGGCCGCCAUAUUUGGCUUCCCUACCACCUCUGUUAGACGCCUCUCUGAGAGCAUGCGGAAAACCGGGCUGUGAGAGCACAGCGAACACCCUAAAAGCGCCGCCAUUAUCAUAUAUAUAUUGUUUUAUAUAUAUAUAGUAACACCAUGGAGGCCGUUAAAGCAUUUAAUGGCGAGUUGUACUCUCUGAAUGAAUACAAGCCUCCAAUAUCCAAAGCAAAGAUGACCCAGAUAACAAAAUCAGCUAUAAAAGCUAUAAAGUUUUAUAAGCAUGUUGUGCAGAGUGUGGAGAAGUUCAUUCAGAAAUGCAAACCGGAGUACAAGGUCCCCGGCUUGUACGUUAUCGACUCCAUAGUGAGGCAGUCACGGCACCAGUUCGGUCAAGAGAAAGACGUGUUUGCACCACGCUUCAGCAAGAACAUCAUAGGAACCUUCCAGAACUUGUAUCGAUGCCCGUCUGAUGACAAGAGUAAGAUCGUGAGAGUGCUGAACCUCUGGCAGAAGAACAACGUCUUCAAGAGCGACAUCAUCCAGCCCCUGCUGGACAUGGCGGUGGGGCUGCCCCCGCUCAGCGUGACGCCCGUCACGGCCAGCAGUGCAGCCACCGUCAACAACACUACCCCAGGGACCCCAGCCACUCCCGCCACCCCCGCCAACAUUGUGCAGAGCUUGCCUGACUGGGCGUCGCAGAUCUCAAACACGGACACCGUGGCUGCAGUGGCCCAGAUCCUGCAGUCUCCGCAGGGGCAGCAGCUGCAGCAGCUGGUGCAAAGCCUGCAACUGCAGCAGCAGAAGCCCCAGCCCUCGCUCCUGCAGGCCCUGGAUGCAGGCCUAGUGGUGCAGCUGCAGGCCCUCACGGCGCAGCUCACAGCGGCCGCCGCAGCCAACACCUUCAACCCGCUGGAGCAGAGGGUGUCGUCCUUCAACAAGAAACUCCUUGGUCAGUUUGACUUUGGAAACGAUUCUGAGCGUCCCGAAGAGUCCAAGAAGGACACAUCGUCUCAGCUGCCGAUGGUCCCAGAGUCCAUCAACAGCUCCCUCUUCCACCAGCUGGCCGAACAGCUGCAGCAGCAAAACUUGGAGCAGUUCCAGAAGCAGUUGCUGGACCAGCAGCACCAGCAGCAGAAGACCUUGUCCAUGGAAGGACAGGAGGCCAUAUUUGGCACUGAGAGCUCGGCCACGCCCUCCCAGAACAGCAGCCAGCAGCAACUGCAGGAGGCCGACGCUAAACUGGACGACUCCAUCGACAACCAGCAGCAGGACAUGGACCUGGACGAAGGGCAGGACACGGUGGACGGGGAGAUCUUUGAAUCUGAGGAGAAGGCCGUGAGCACAAGGUCCAGGACGCGGUCGAGAUCCCGCUCCAGGUCACCGCGAAAGCGUAGGUCGAGGUCACGUUCGGGCUCGCGGAAACGCAAGCACCGCAAGCGGUCACGCUCACGCUCCCGGGAGAGGAAGAGGAAGUCGUCCCGCUCAUACUCCAGCGAGCGAAGGGCCAGGGAGCGCGAGAAGGAGCGGCAGAAGAAGGGGCUGCCGCCCAUACGCUCCAAGACGCUCAGCGUAUGCAGUACGACGCUGUGGGUGGGGCAAGUUGAUAAGAAGGCUACUCAGCAAGACCUCACCAACCUGUUUGAAGAAUUCGGCCAGAUUGAGUCUAUCAAUAUGAUACCCCCUAGAGGCUGUGCCUACAUCUGCAUGGUCCACAGGCAGGAUGCCUUCCGUGCGCGACAGAAGCUCAGCACCGGCUCCUACAAGAUCGGCUCUAAAGUCAUCAAGAUCGCCUGGGCUCUGAACAAAGGGGUGAAGCAGGAGUACAAGCAGUUCUGGGAUGUGGACCUGGGCGUGACCUACAUCCCCUGGGAGAAAGUGAAGCUCGACGACCUGGACGGCUUCGCCGAGGGCGGCAUCAUCGACCAGGAGACCGUCAACAGCGAGUGGGAGGCGGCCCGCAAUGCAGAGCCGGUCAAGGAGUCCACCAGCCAAGCCGCGGUGAGCGCCGACCCCGGCAGCUCUGGCAGCCAGCAGACGGAGGCCUUCUCGCAGCCUGUCACCAUGAUGCCUGUGCAGAUUCCAGUAGCCCAGGGUGUCCCCACAGUGGGUCUGGUGCCCCCGUCCUUCCCAGUCUCAAUGGCGAUGCCCCCCCCAGGCUUUGGCCCACCGCCCCCCUUCCUGAGAGCAGGGUUCAACACCUCGCAGCCCCCACCCGGUUUCAUGCCACCGCCUGUGGUUCCCCAGACGACGGUGGGACCCGGGAUCCCAUCUGUCCCCACGUCUCUGGUCCAGCCCUCCAUGUCAGCCACACAGGAGAACACGAAGGACUCGCCCUUCGGGGCCAUGAUUCCCCCCGUCAGCAGCAUCCCAGGCAGCUUCAUCCCCCCAGCCGUUCCGGGCUCUGGGGUCUUCAACCCCGUGGCAGUGCCCCCUCAGCCGUCGGCAAGCGAGAAGCCCACGCAGGCGGCGGACGGGAGGGAUGCCGCCGUGGACAUAGCGCUGCAGGGGAUGCAGACGGUGCGGAGCGGCAUGGGUCUCCUGGGCAUGCACCCCUCGGCCUCCCUGAGCCACCCCCUGCACCAGGCGGGCCUGGCUGGCCAGAGGAUGCCUGGACUGCUGCCCCUCGACCUCCGUCCUGGGUUACUCCAGGGAGCCGGGGCUGGUACCGGAAGCAGGUUCCCCCUCCUCAUGCAACCAGGAGUGAUGCCUCAAGCCAGUGGUGUGGGGUCCGGCCCAACAAUGGAACCCAGCCCACAGCAGCAGCCCCCAUCCCGUGCCCCCUUCCCCCACGUCGACCCCUUCAGUCGGGCCGAGGGCUCCUUUGGGAGGCCGUCGAAUCAGCCCGGCGACAGCCUGCCAAAGCCUGAAGAUGAGGCCCCUCGUGGUGCAGACCGUGCCCAGCAGGAGGGAGACCAGGACUACCGCUUUCCUCCUCCAGAAAAGCAGCCUGCUGGCCCACCCCGAACCCCAGCGGAGCCCAGGGAGGGAACUGGAAGACCACCAUUGCUAGAGUCCCGGGACACAUUGCGCCGGCCUCCGGGGGAAGGCAGAGAGGCUGGAAUGGGCAGGAGGGAGCCCCUAGGCGCCUUCAGACCCGACAGCCGCUGGGGUCCUCCCAGGGGGGACUUUGAUGAACGAGACCUGCGAGGACCACCAGCUGGGGGCCCCCGAGGUUUUCAGGAGGAGCGGCCAAACGGGGGAGCCACCUUCACCAACCGCUUCGAGAGCCGAGGAGGGGGGCCUGGCUGGAGUCGCGGCGGAGCGGCGUUCGAGCCUGAUGUGCACCAGGACUUUGAUGAUCGCCGCAGGCCCUGGGAGCGGCAGAGGGACCGUGACGACCGGGACUUUGAUUUCCGCAGAGAUGUCAAUGGGGGUCGGCUGAGCCGCGAGCGAGACAGAGAGAGGGAGCAUGACCGCGACCGUGGGCGUGACAGAAACCGUGACAGGGAUCGGGAUCGCGAGCGGGACCGCGACCGGCCCCGGGAGCGCGAUGGUGAGACCUGGGCUCCCGCGGCGUCCCUUUCUGCCACGCCAUCCGUGCCGGAGACUGGCAAACAGCUGUGGGUGAACGGCGGGAAGACUGAGGCGGCGCCCCCACCGGAGCUCGCAGCGGCGCCGUCGCAGGCCGUCCCUGAGAAAGCCCCCAACGAGCCAGACCCCCCCGAGCAGCAGGCCGCCCACAUGGAUGUAGACAGUGAACAGAGCGAGCCGAAGCAGCAAGCUGAGAAACAGCCAGUGGUAGAGAGCACAGAGACUGAGGGGACAUAAUCAUCACUCAGUAGGUAAAGACCAUUUUGUAAAGUUGUCAUCUCUGUACUCAUUUAAGUGGCUGACUGGACUUGUUAAUAUCCCACUUGCCGUCUGACACAGAUACCUAACAAAUGUGUUCAUCUUUCUCAUAACGGUGUACAACUUACUUCUAUAGAUGGCUUGCUAGAGGAUCCAGUGGUAGGUAAUUUCUAUUUUUAUUUUUUAGUUUUAACGAAAGCCACCCCACGGUUUCAAUUAGGUGAUUUUUUUUCCAUGAAGUGCUUGCCAAAACGUUUUUAACUGCACACGGAUGAAAAAAAAGGCUGUGACCUUCCUAUGGAAGAGUUUAAGGAAUCCCGGCUGUUUCUGAUGGAUUGACUGCCGAUUUGCGGAAUACUUGAACAUAGCAGUCGCUGUAUCGCCCGUAUUGUCUGACUCCUUUUAAACGCUGCUGUCGGAAUCUGAAAUGCCUCCGUGGUGUUUUAUGCUCUCUGUCUUUUUAAGCAUAACAUAAGUACCGCAAGUAAAGUAAGAACAGUACUGAGUUCCAGUUUCUUUUUUGAAAGGACAAUUUUAAUAAAUUAAAAAUGUUCUGUAUUAUCCCCAAAAUAAAUGUCUGUGAUUUGUUCAUCAUAUUGCAGUGAUUGAAACAACUACAAAAAAGAAAAAAAAUAUAUAUAUAAGUAUAAAUGAAUGUUGGGUGCAUCCUGUUUUUAGUUGCUAAUAAACAUUUUGUUUGUUAAAA